AUUGGUCUCCUCCUUCAAAUGGCUUCUUAGGCUGUCGUCUUUCCGUCGCCAAUGCUAGUGCUCCCCAAUUUCCUAAUUCACGUUCCUCAUACGCACUCAUCCAAAGAAUGAUCCAAAUUUUCGUUGCCAAAAGCCAUAAUAAUAUUAAAUAAAAGAAAAAAACUCAGGGGACUUGUGUUAUUGCUUCGCCGACAUGGGUGCCUGCGUUUCCACGCCGGAGGGCUGUGUCAGAGCCAAAUUUAAGAAGUCUUCCAGGAGGAAGAACCGCCGGAGAAGGAGGAAAGCUUCCAAAACGACGGCAAUUUCUACCCUCUCCGAUGGAUCGCGCCGCUCCAAUCCGAUUGACCACCGCUCCUUUUCCAAUCCCACUUUUCAAGCUGGAAGUUCUGAUGAGGCCUGGUUUGAUACAGUUGCAAAAUUUGAAUCGGAUUGUGACGAAGACUACCAAAGUGUUCCUGAUGACAUACAGUCAAUUAAUAGCUUUGAAGGUACAUCAACGUCAAGCGUUUCGUCUUCUGGAGAUGCUAAUCAUGGAGAUCUUAAUGUGAAUCGACAUAGCGCGACCAUCGAUCAGAUUCAUAGACCAGGAAAUUCAGGAAGAGUACAUUCUGUGAGUCAAGUUGCAAGGGAUUCACAUUCUCAGGCCAUGAAUCCAGAUGAUGCAGAACCCCAACUUAAGGGUUAUGGACGCUCGAGCAAGGCGAACGAACCGGUAUUCGUCGACGAGAUCUCCUCCACUGCUGGUGAAAGCUCUGCCAAAGACGUUGGAAUAUUGGAUAAUUGUGGGAUUUUACCAAGCAACUGCUUGCCUUGUCUUGCAUCAACAAUGAACUCUGUUGAAAAGAGAAAAUCACCAAGUUCUAGUCCUCCAAGUGGACUGAAAAAGGCAGCCUUGAAACUGUCGUUCAAGUGGAAAGAAGGAAACCCCAAUGCUGCUUUAUUUUCGUCGAAAGCGCUUCUACGAAGACCUAUAGCAGGUUCUCAAGUACCCUUUUGCCCAGCUGAAAAGAAAAUGCUAGAUUGUUGGUCACAUAUUGAGCCAGAUAGUUUUAAAGUUCGGGGAGUAAACUAUGCAAAGGACAAGAAGAAAGAGUUUGCUCCCAGUCAUGCUGCUUACUGUCCAUUUGGAGUUGAUGUGUUCUUGUCCCAUCGGAAAGUGGAUCACAUCGCUCGAUUUGUCGAACUUCCUGUGGCUAAUUAUUCUGGAAAACUUCCACCUAUCCUUGUCGUGAAUGUUCAGAUUCCAUUGUAUCCUGCAGCAAUUUUUCAUGGAGAUACCGAUGGAGAAGGGAUGAGUAUCGUCUUGUACUUUAAGCUUUCUGAUGCAUAUGCCAAGGAACUUUCAUCUCAUUUUCAAGAAAAUAUCAGGAAGAUGAUUGAUGAUGAAGUUGAAAAGGUGAAGGGUUUUCCAGUAGACACUGUAGUACCCUUUAGGGAAAGAUUGAAAAUUUUGGGGCGAGUUGCAAACGUGGAGGAUCUUUCAAUGAGCACUGCACAGCGGAAGCUUAUGCAGGCUUACAAUGAAAAGCCCGUCCUCUCGCGUCCCCAACAUGAAUUUUACUCGGGGAACAAAUCUGAAGAACUGCCAGAAGAGAUCUUAUGUUGUAUUAGACUAAACGGAAUUGAUUAUGUAAAUUACCAGCAGUUGGGGAUGGGUUAAGAGAUCCUGUAAACUAAGAUGGUUUCUAUGCAGCCAGCUUCAACCAAUUUCCAUAAAAAAUAACACCGUACAGCCUGUUAUAAUGCUCA